UUUAAAUUUAUUGCAUCGUGAUCAAUAUUAAAAUAUAAUUUGUCAAAGUUAGUGAAAUGAAAUUAAAGGAAAUGUGACUGUGUGCGAUAUAGUUGAGGAUAAAACAUGAUAUCGUUGGCCGUGCAGUGAUUCGCUUGCACAUCGCGCGCCGCCUACGAACAUUAAACACUUUUUUUUUUUUUUUUUUUUUGUAUUGUCAUAUUAAGUUAUCACAGGUGUUAAGUGGAUUUCCUCUUUUUAUAAAUUGGAAUAACGCGUGACGCGUGUGUUUUAAGUUUUGAUAAUAAGUCAAUAAUUAUAUUUGAAAAACCAAGGGGAAACAAAAAAGUAAACUCUGUGAAAUAUGAGGAAACAUUUUUUUACAAAGUUUAUCAACAAAGUGUAACUGACAAAAAAAAAAAAUAAUAAUUUGAAAGAUAAUAAAAUAAAAAACAAUGUCUGGGUUAACAUUUAUCAAUUUGAUUUUAUAAUUAAGAAAGAAGUUUCCAUUUUUAAAUCGGAUUCUUUAAGAAAAAAAAAAAAAAAAUGGAUGAAGCAGGGGAACGAGUUCCUCUUGUCGAUGGUAAAGUUGCAAUUGCAACAAGAUAUGCUUAUGCUUUAGGACAUAUUUUCAAUGAUUUAGCAGCUGCCAUGUGGUUUUCUUACACAUUAUUGUUUCUACAAAGAAUUUCUCUUAUUCAACCUGUAGUUGCUGGUUCUCUAUUACUAUUAGGACAAGUUAUUGACGCUUUAAUGACACCAGUUUUUGGAUUUCUCAUUGAUAAUUAUGCGAAAAAAAAAAUUUGGCACAUUGUUGGAUCGGUUAUGGUGACACUUUCGUUUCCCGUGAUUUUUGGAAGUUUUGUAACAUCAGAAAAUCCAAAAACAAUGAUGACAAUUUAUAUAAUUAGUAUAACACUUUUUCAAACUGGUUGGGCAGCUGUUCAAAUUUCACAUUUAUCUAUGAUUCCAGCAUUAACAAUUUCUCCACUUGUACGAGCAGAUUUAACUGCGAUUCGAUAUUCUGCACAAGUUGGUGCUGCUGUGAUAGUAUUCAUAGUCACCUGGAUAGUUUUACCGACUAGUGAAGAUUUUGUUGUGAGAUUAGGAACGCAAGACGAUUACAAAUUUAGAAAUAUUGUGUUGAUUUUAACAGUACUUGGAAUAACAGCAACGAUUCUAUUUCAUAUUUUUCUCAAAGCUCAUUUACUAGAAGAUACAUCAUUGAAAUCAAAUGUUGAAAAUGUUUCUCGAUUUCAUGCAAAUCGUAGAAUGUCAGGAACAAGUAUAUUAUUGAGAGUUGCUCUUUUAUACGUUGCAAGUAGAUUAUUUCUAACAUUAGCAACUGUCUAUUUACCUUUAUAUAUUGAAGAAACGUAUGAAGGGGGAAAAGCAGCUUUAGCCACUGUGCCUUUGGUUUCAUAUCUCGCAUCUUUUGUAUCCUCAAUAUUUUUAAAAUACAUCAAUCGUUCCUGUGGUUCCAAGGCUUGCUAUUUAAUUGGGGCAAUUACAGGAACUUUGGCUGCAAUUGUAACUGAAUUUGCAGGAAGUAGCACUGCUGUUAUAUAUUCAGUUGCAAUUUUAAUUGGAGCUGGAAGUUCAAUAACAAUGGUUACAGCUUUGAGUGUAACGGCAGAACUUAUUGGAUCGAGAACCGAUAGAAGUGCUUUUAUCUAUUCGGUGGUUACAUUUCUUGAUAAAGUUGUAACCGGUCUUGUUGUAAUUUUCAUAGAGCAAUGGAGAUGCCAAGAAAAGGAACUCUGUCCAAAUUAUAAUCGAGACACAUUAUCGGUAGUUUGUGCCUCAUCAAUGCUUUUAGGAAUGAUGACACUCGCAACACUUACUCGAUGUUAUUCAUAAAAAAAAAAUAAUUACUUAACCUUAAAAAUAAUUAAAAUCACAAAAAAAAUUGUGUAAUAUUUCCUUUUUGAGAAAUAUUCAAUUGUAAUGUAAAUAUAUUUUCCACUGUGUACAUUUUAUACAAAAAUUUUGAUAAAUUAUAAAAAAGAGAAAAAUUUCAUAUAACGAUUAUAAUAAAUUCAAUUCUUAUAUUUUUUGAA